CCUGAUUUUCUUUAUUUCACAAGCAACUUGCCAGUGGACAGCAUCAUUACUUACUGCUGAACGUGCUGCACAAGAAGGAGAGUAAUUUUCCAAAGGCUACGACUGGAGGAGAAGUGAAGCUAAAAAAUCUUGAAAGUCGAAAUUGAUUUAGUGACCAUGUGUGACAAAUCGCUGCUGCUCUAUAAAACUGCAACUGUAACUGCCGUUGCCAUUGCGGUAUUGACGUUGUGUGUUGUGAUGCCUGCUGCUGCUGCCAACUCGUACGUGAGCCGCAGCGAUCCUGGGGCGGCGGCUGCAUCAACGCUGGAGAAUCUCACCAUUGCCGCCGAGAUGGCCGAGUUCAGGAACGGUGCGCUGAUAAAAAUCGAUAACUUCCUGCAAUAUUCGCUGCCACAGAAGAUGCGCGCCGAAGGUGAGGACAUACGUGCUGAAACAGUGCAGGAGUUCGACCGUUGCGCCCAGUUGGCGACAAGCAGAGAGGAGAUUUGGCGUUUCAAGGAAUGUGCUGGCAAAGUGUUGGGCAAUUCGAUGAAAUCUCUAGCGUUGUUGGUCGAACAGGCGCAUAGAGGUAGUGGUGCGGCUGCAUUGGGGUCGCAUGCGUUCUGGUGGAGUUUGUUGAAAUUAGUUGCAUUUAUUUGAAAUAUUUUUGCGCUCAUAAUCAGUUAUGUGCACAAGUUUAUGCGAGUUUGUGUCUGUUAACUUAACACAUUAAUACCCAAUGCAUUUGAUGCAACGUUUCUAGACUUUUUUUUUGUUUGUUUAUUAUUUCGAAUCUCAGUUGACCAAUAUAUAUGUAUGACGACAUUAUAAAAAUAAAGUUCAUUUAUUAUUUUUUUUAUUUUUAAUAAUUUUCUUUAUUUUAUUAAUCUUUUCUAAGCAAAACUACUUUACUCUAUAAUAUAUCACACAUUCUUAAAUAU